GCUGGUUGCCGAUGACAGAGCAGCGGGAGGGUUGGCGCACCAGCCGCCAUGGGGGAAGCGGAGAAGUUCCACUAUGUGUACAGCUGCGAGCUGGACCUGAACGUGCAGCUGAAGAUAGGCAGCUUGGAAGGGAAGAGAGAGCAGAAGAGCUACAAAGCGGUUUUGGAAAACCCCAUGCUGAGGUUCUCCGGGUUGUACCAAGAGACGUGUUCUGACCUCUACGUCACCUGCCAGGUGUUUGCAGAAGGAAAGCCUCUCGCUCUCCCUGUCCGGACGUCCUACAAAGCUUUCAGCACCAGGUGGAACUGGAAUGAAUGGCUAAAACUGCCAGUGAAAUACCCUGAUUUGCCCCGAAAUGCUCAGGUGGCAUUCACAAUAUGGGACAUCUAUGGACCUGGGAAAGCCGUCCCUGUGGGUGGCACAACAGUCUCUCUCUUUGGGAAAUAUGGGAUGUUCCGUCAAGGGAUGCAUGAUCUCAAAGUAUGGCCCAACGUGGAGGCAGAUGGUUCUGAACCCACCAAGACUCCUGGGAAAACAAGCAGUACAUUUUCAGAAGACAAGAUGAGUCGGUUAGCCAAGCUCACCAAAUCUCACAGGCAGGGGCACAUGGUCAAAGUCGAUUGGCUGGAUAGGCUGACCUUUCGAGAAAUUGAAAUGAUCAAUGAGAGCGAGAAGCGAAGUUCUAAUUUUAUGUACUUGAUGAUUGAAUUCCGUUGCGUCAAAUGUGAUGACAAAGAAUAUGCCAUUGUGUAUUAUGAGAAGGAUGGUGAUGAAUCAUCACCAAUUUACACAAGUUCCGAGAUUGUGAAGGUUCCAGAUCCGCAGAUGUCCAUGGAGAACUUGGUGGAAAGCAAGCAUCACAAGCUUGCCAGGAGCUUAAGAAGCGGUCCUUCGGAUCAUGACCUUAAACCCAAUGCUACUACCCGAGAUCAGCUGAAUAUCAUCGUGAGUUACCCACCUACAAAGCAACUAACGUACGAAGAACAGGACUUGGUGUGGAAGUUUCGAUACUACCUUACCCAUCAAGAAAAGGCCUUGACCAAAUUCUUGAAGUGUGUCAACUGGUGUCUUCCUCAAGAAGCAAAGCAAGCUUUGGAACUCCUGGGCAAAUGGAAGCCGAUGGAUGUGGAAGAUUCCUUGGAGCUUCUGUCCUCACAGUUCACCAACCCAACUGUGCGGCGUUACGCCGUGGCCAGAUUGCAGCAAGCGGAUGAUGAGGAUCUGCUGAUGUAUUUGCUGCAGCUUGUCCAAGCUCUGAAAUAUGAAAAUUUUGAUGACAUCAAAAGCGGGUUGGAGCCCACAAAGAAGGAAACUCAAGGAUCCGUGUCAGAGAGCAUGGCCGCAUCUGGAGUCACUGCGCCUGAAAUAGAGAGCUCACAGAUCAUCACAAGCCCUCUGCCCCUCAUUUCUUCCCCGCUACCAACGGCAAAAACGAAAGAAUCGGCUGAGAAUGAAAACCUCGAGCAAGACCUUUGUACAUUCUUAAUAUCACGAGCAUGCAAGAAUUCCACCCUGGCAAACUAUUUGUACUGGUACGUGAUUGUGGAGUGCGAAGACCGAGACACACAACAGAGGGAUCCCAAAACUCACGAAAUGUACCUGAACGUCAUGCGUAGGUUUAGUCAAGCCCUCUUAAAGGUAAGGAUUAUUAUUAUUAUUUUUUCCCCCAUUAUGCAAGAGGGACAUUGGAAAAACUACAGGCGAGAAGCAAAAGAUAAUAUUUGUAGCUCAGGGUUGAAAGCACCAGAAGGAAGACAAGACAAGGAACAAUGGAUGGAAAUCUCAAAAAUGUUAAAUCAUGUCAGGGUAACGAUUUAAGAGCUGACCAGCUGCUACGAUGAUGUAAUGCUGGGAAUGAGUCAGCAAGGUUUUUUUUGGCUGUUAUCACUUUAAGAGCCUGUAAUAAGAAAAGGCCCUGUUGGGGUGUAUCUCUCUCUCUCUUUCCAUGUGUGCUUCUGUGCUGUAAUUGCUGAUUGCUGUUUGUUUGAGGUCCGACUAAAAUACGUGU